CUCCCUCUUCACUUUGUCAUUCUAUCUCUCUCUCUCUCUCUCUCUCUCUCUCUCUCUCUCUCAAGAUGGUGCAAUCAAAGAAGUUCAGAGGAGUCAGACAACGUCACUGGGGCUCUUGGGUCUCCGAAAUCCGCCACCCCUUGCUGAAAAGGCGAGUCUGGCUUGGCACGUUCGAUACGGCCGAGGAAGCGGCCCGCGCCUACGACCAGGCUGCCGUCCUCAUGAGCGGCCGCAACGCCAAGACCAACUUCCCCAUGCCCCAGGCCCCGCCUGCUGCCGACCCUACGUCGCCCCCCUCCGCCGCCGCCGCCGCCGCCGCCGCCGCCUCCCCGCCAAUAAAGGGCCUCUCGGAGGUCCUGCACGCGAAGCUCCGGAAAUGCAGCAGGCAGCAGACGGCGUCACUGACGUGCCUGAGACUCGACACCGAGAGCUCCGACAUCGGCGUGUGGCAGAAGCGGGCGGGCCAGAGGCCGGACUCCAAUUGGGUCAUGACCGUCCAGCUCGGAGCCAAGAAGCCGAAGGGCAACGAGGCGAAUUCCGACGAUCCCGAGGGCGUCGCGUCGUACUCGGAACGAAGAGGGAGCAAUGAUAUGGAGGAAGAGCAGAGAAUCGCAUUGCAGAUGAUUGAGGAGCUCCUCAACAGUGAUUCACAUGAGGGUGAGGAUUGCUUAUCUAUCUCUAGUCGCCAAGAGUGAAAAAAAAAAGAUACGAAAAAUUAAGUACUUAUAUAUAUAUUAUAUACAUAUAUAUACUACUUAAGAUUUUUAUUUCAUCCAUCGUUAAAUUUGCUCGCCAAAUAAUAAAUAACGCGAGCAUAUAAUACUAAACUCGCGAGCAUAUAAGUACGGCUCGCAGAAAGGAUAGUCUCAUAAUUGCGGUGGAUGGAAUAAAAAUCCCAUAGUUUCAUUAUUCAUGUAAGAUGACAAUAUGACUUUGUACUGUAAAACUUACCUUAAUGCUGGAUAAUGUGCGGAAAAAGGUGACGCACAACGCCAUGGAAGCAAGCAGGAAGUCUGUUGUUUAUGUGUA